UUUCUACAUAGGAUCACUGUGAAAGCAGUGAGUAAGGAAAGAUACUGGAUCCUUGCACAAGGGAUACAUGUAAAAGAUCUUGUGGUUCUUACUAACAAACAGCAUGAAGAAGAUAACCAUCUUAUUGCUUCUGUCACAUUUACAGUUUGGCAGUCUGGUGGUUAGUACCCCAGCUGGGGAUGGUGAAAGCCAAGCAAGCCACUCGGACUUUAUUUUACUUUCUGCAAUGCACAGCUUCAGAAACCAGAUAACACCACCAACAUUUACCCCAUCUGAGAUCCAAGCAUCUGCAGUGAGUGCAUCACAGGAUCAUCUUGAAAAGCUUACCUCUGCACCCACAGAAGAGGUUCCAGGAUUGAAAACAUUGCCAAGGACCCAGGCAAAGAAAUCCUCCGCUCCAACAACCCAGCCCAGCAGGAAUAGUGCUAGUGAUCAUGCUAGUGCUAAGCCAAGAACCCAAUCUAGCAGCACAAGGACACUGCCACAGAGCAUACCUAAAAAGGUACCUCCCCAGCAAGUGGUCACCAAAAGCCAAACUGCAACAGCAAACAGAUCUCCCAGGCAGUCAUUCUAUAGCACUGACAGCACCAGCACUAAGCAGAAUGCCAGUGUCCACAAAUCCAGCUUUGAAACUACUCGUGGAAAGAACUGGUGUGCAUAUGUCCAUACCAGACUCUUACCUACUGUGGUAAUAGACAACCUGGAAACCUUUUCAUCAGGCAGAGGGAAGCCAUGUACCUGGAUAACUGGAGGCUGUGGUGUCAGAUCACAGACAACAACCUAUCAGGUUUACAGAAUCAAACAUAAAAUUGUGACAUCGUUGGAAUGGAAGUGCUGCCCUGGAUACAGUGGACAAAACUGUCAGCCCAAAGCCCAACAACAUCAAUUGAUUAUACAUAGCAACCAGGCUGAGAGCAACCAAGCUAUCAAUGGGGAAAUACCAGGAAACCAGCAGAACCUGAAUGACCCAGCAGUUACACAAAAAAUGAAUGAGCAGAUUAGCAGCCAGGAGAUGAAACUGACUUUCCUGCAGAAGAAGGUUGACAACAUUUCUGCUGCCAUGAGUGAUGUGAGCAAGAUGCUUUCCUCUCUGGAAGGCAAAAUCAAUGAAGAUAAGGGCAGAGACUUCCAAUCUUUUCUAAGAGGUUUCAAAUCUACAAGUAUUAGUGAACUGGUCAAAGAUAUUGUCAGAGAGCAGUUUAAAGUCUUCCAAAGUGAAGUGCAAGAGACUGUGGCACAAAUUUUCAAGACUAUGUCUAGUUUAUCAGAGGACCAGGAGAGCACAAAAGAACUAGUCAAACAUCUGAAUGACAGCCACCAAAAAAUUGUCUUGAAAGAAAGUCAGCCAAUAAAGACUGAAAUCCUGGAACUGAAGAACCAAAUAGUGCAGAUGGAAGAGGAAAUUGUCCUUGUUUGUAACAAGCCCAUCAAAGACCUACAAGUGAAGCAAAAAUCCUUAGAGGGUGACUUGAAGCAUGAGCAGUCAAGAAGCAUCAUUUACUAUGAAUCUCUGAAUAAGACUCUUACUCAGCUGAAAGAGGUACAUGAGCAACUGUUAUUGGGUGAAUCAGAAUUAGAUCAAAAUAUCCCUUCUGUAGAUACAGCAAUGAACGAUUCAAUUGCAAACUAUAUGUCCAUUCUUCAUGAGAAAGUGAAGAAACAGGACCUUAUGGUAUUGCAGCUAUAUGACAACUUCAGAGUCCAAGAUAGCAAGAUCAGCAAUCUCACUGUUACAUUAGAGAUCCAGAGAGAGGCUGCUCAUCAAGCAGGUGAAGACAUUUUGUCAAAGUGCAGGAAGGAUUUUCAAACAAAGAUGAAGGGUGCAGAAGAGAAUGUGCAUGUUUUAAACAAAACCCUCUCUGACAUAAUCCUUCCACUGGACAACAAGAUGGAUAAAAUGAAUGAGCAGAUUAAUGAUUUGUGUUAUGAUAUGGAGAUCCUCCAACCCUUGAUUGAGCAGGGAGCACCAUUCAGCUUGACAGCAGAGUAUGAACAGCAAAUUGAAACAGAAACAGUUAGUAGGAAGUUAGAAAACCUAACAACAGUUGUUAAUAAUUUGAGCUCUGUCAUCAAAGAACUUACCAAAAGCCAGGUGGCACUUAAAAGUGAAGCUCAAAUCCAUGAAGAAGUCUUUGAGAGACGUAUUAACGAAUGCUUUAUGGAAAUAGAAGAUGGCUUAAAUAACACCAUGAUAAUUAUAAAUAAUGCUGUUGACACCGUUCAGGAUAACUAUGUACUGAAGGACUCACUAAGUGCUCUAAAAAAAGAAACUGAGUUCUGUUGUAGCAAUGCUGAGAAGUUGGAUAGCAUUUUAUCAUUCAUUCCUCAGUUCCUGAAGUUUAAUGAGUCCCUUCAAAUACUGUUCAGUGACAAGGGGAGGUAUCAAUAUGCUUCAGAAGAAACUGAAACCCUUUCAGAUCUUCCAUACAAAGAAUUGGAGAAGGGAAUCAUGGCUGACAUCAGAAAAGUUUACCAAAUUUUAAACAGAACAUCAUUAAAAGUGGAUGAGCACCACCGAGAUAUCAGUCUCCUGGAAGAAAAGCUGGUUCACUCAAUGGAAGAAUCCAAAGACCACGGAGUUCGCCUACAGAGUGUGGAAUCAAAAAUGACUAAGAUUUUGACAAGCAAUUGUCUUUCACUGAAAAAAACACAAGUUGCAGCAACAGAGAGAGACCAAAUGGUCUCUCUUCAGCUUCUGUCACUGAGCUCUAGGAUCAAAGUGCUGGAAGCCAAGUCUAUUCGUUUUUCAAAUGCCAUCCCCCUCUUAAAUAAGACUGCAUAUGAUGCUUGGGCACUAUGUAAGGAUGCCUCUGUCAACAUCCAAAAGGUGAAUUCCAGCGUACCCCAAUUAAUUAAACUUGCUCAGCCAGAUAUCCCAUUGCUGCAGAAAGGCUUGAAAGAGCUCACAGAAUCUGUACUUGAAAUAAAAGCAGUGACUAUCCUAACCAAUUUAACUCGGUAUGUAGACAAAUAUAUGGCUGAUGCAAUGAGCAAUAUUACCAGACUUCAAAAGCAGAUGAAACAGGUUGCAAAGAAACCAGCUACAGGAAAAAAAGUGACAGCAAAUGUUACCACAAGCCUGGCAGGCCGAAGUCAGAGAAACACAGACAAUACAAUAGAUCCAGGUCAGUAUUUGGCCUGUGCUAGCUCCCCCUGCCAAAAUGGAGGAACCUGCAUCAAUGAUAAACAAAAGUUUGUUUGUGCUUGUCGUCACCCCUUUGGAGGAGUCAACUGCAGCACAAAGCUGGUGGAUGACAAUACUCUGGCCAUUGAUUUUUCAAAAGGUUCUUAUAGGUAUGCACCGAUGGUGGCUUUCUUUGCAUCUCACACCUAUGGGAUGACAACUCCAGGCCCCAUCAGAUUUAAUAAUCUGGAUGUCAACUAUGGAGCUUCCUUUAGCCCAACAACUGGAAAGUUUCAUGUUCCGUAUCUUGGGGUUUAUGUUUUUGGGUAUAACAUAGAGUCAUUCAGUCCACGUUUCUCUGGCUAUUUGGUAGUUGAUGGAAUAGACAAACUUGCUUUCCAGUCUGAAAACGUUAAUGGUAACAAGUACAUUGAUAGAGUAAUUACAGGAGGUGCUUUACUGGAGUUAAAUUAUGGUCAAGAAGUCUGGCUCAGACUGGCAACUGGAUCCAUCCCAGCCAAGUAUCCACCUGUUACUACAUUUACUGGUUACUUGUUAUAUCGUACAUAAGUCAGUCAUAAAUGCCAACUGUCUUAACAGCUAGUAGCAAGCACAGUAGUACCUUAAAAUUUUUCCUGUCUUGCUGGAUACAUUCAUUUCCUAACACGUGUUUCUGAAAAAAAGCCACUAACAUCCUGCAGGACACACAGAAUGUCAUGAAUCCUAAGACCUGUUUCUCCACAACCUUACCACUGUAUAGACAUGUUCACCUCAACAAAAUGAGUGUGCAGUGGUUGCAAAGUGUAGAAUUAUCAUCCUCUGUGAGCCAAUGUAAAGAACACUGGUCUGAUCUGGUUCUGUGCUUGUGUUACACAGAUAUGUGUGCUUACACAAAGGAGUGGAGAGUCUUUCACCAUGGGUGCCUAUACAUGUGCAGCAAGGCUGCUCCAACACUUCGUAAUUACAGUGCAUCAGAGCAGACUUUAACUGAGUCUGCUGAAGCAUGAUAAUAACUGCGCUCCAGCAGACUCCAGUGUCUCAUGUAUUAGUAUCCCCGCACUGAAAAAUGGCGGCAGGGGCACUUUAAUUAAAGCUUGUUCGAUGAGCUUUAGUUAAUGCACCCCUGCUGCCAUUUUUCAGCUCAGGGAUACUGAUACACGAGAUGCUCUGGGCACUUUAAUUAGAGCAGCUUUUGCAGCCACUCUAGUUGAAGUGCCCUCCCUCCCUUCCCAAAGCACAUGUAUAAAUGCCCUAUCUCCAAACAGUGCAUUAAAUUGUCCUGAUUUUUUCUGUGACCCAAAUUCACUGCAGAGGCAUUGCAUAGGUUUCUUAGAACUUGGAAGACAAAGUUCUUUGGGCAAAUGUGACAUCUUUUAUUAGACCAACUAAAUAAUAAAAGAUGUCACAUUUACCUGAAGAACCUUGUCCGCCUAUGUUCUUAGAUGAACACGGCUAGAACCAACACCAUAGAACUUGCGAUAGUUUUAUAGCUUAUUGUAUCAAAUGCAAAUUAUGUCACUUUUCCUUCUGGUGUUAUAUUAUUUGUCAAAUAUCUUGGUAUAUUAAUUUUAUAUUCACUUCAUAAUUUUGUAAAGCAUCUUAUAUGUAAAAGGUAUCAUAGUAGACAGUUCUUUAAUCUUUCAGGGGAAAAAAUGACAAGCUCCGGUGCUUAAAAAGGGAAACUAGACAAAUUCUGACUGGAAAUAAGUAGGGACUUAAUUUGCAGUUUCAUGAUCUUCACAUAAACCACAAAAAUAGGCAGUUUCCACAAUCACCGUGAAAAUGGCAUUUCCCGCAAUUUUGUGUAGAAUUGGCAGAAAAGAAAAAAGGUUACCAGAAUACAAAGGAAGCAUGGGAAUCCUUGCAGACAUAGAGCAUGUGGUUUGAGAGAGAAUUAUUGAGAGGCUGAGCUAGUGAUGUAGACUCAGUCAAGGUGCCAGUUAGGAAAGCAAAAGAGUUUUGACAUCACCUUUUAAGAAGCCAGAUGCAAUGCCAAAGCAAUGCUGCAGUCUGAAGAUGAGCUAUUGGCCUCUCAGCCAAUCAGUGGGGAAAGGGGGGUGAGGGGGUGGGGCUCUCCAUGAAAAGGUUGCAAAAUUGGCUCCAUGCAAAGCAAGCAGCUUAUGAAAAUCCCUUUAUCUCACCACAGUUUAGGUAGGGCCCUAGAAAUAAGGCCCUUACUUUUAAAACAUUAACGGUAACUGAUCAUUAAAAUAACUUGUAUAUGUAUCUGAUGGAUUCUCCAUCAUCUGAAACACAUAAAUCAAGACUAGUUAUCUUGUUAGAUGAUAUGCUGUUGUUCAAAGAAGAAAUUAGUGGGUAAGAUUCAUUUGCCUGUGUUAUCCAGGAGGUCAAAUGAGCUUUUUCUAAUGAUCCCUUUUGGCCUUAGACUCUAUGGCCAUGCCUGUAAGGCUUUCUUCCCAAACCUGGAUCUACCACCAACAAAACAAGACUGCUUCUACUUCUGCUCAUGACACUAGUAAAGCAUACAGCUUGGAACAAUCAUAAGUGGUACCAACCAAACACCACUCUAAACUCUUCUGAAAGAAAGCCUGAUCACAGCUAGAGCAUGUACUCAAGACUGCUCCAAGCAGUCUACUCUCCUGAUAUCCAGCCAGAGAUGCAUCUGAGUGGAAGCAAGUCGGUAGGGCUUAUUUGGUCAGUUUUAGGAAGGGAGGCAGUGCUGACAUGUCCUAUAAAUCUGCCAGUGAAUAUAUUAUUUUGUUUGUGUCUUUACAUUAUUCAUAUUCAGUAACCAUGAAUGCCAGGUAAAAUGGGCUCCCUUCUGUAGGGGUCAUUCCAAAUUGGCCUAAUCCAAGAAAACAGCAUUUUCAACCCAUAUGAUAAGCAGGGGUGGCAAAUCUACAGCAUGUGCAGGAGACAGCAGAGCAACCAAUUGCAGGAAGGAGGGAGCUUAGCAACAGAUCAGGCAGAAGGAAACUGGAGUUGCACUGCAGGAGAAGGCAGGGCUUACUGGCCAAAAGCUUGACCCCCACUGAGCUUGUGCAUAUAGCCAUAUAGAAUACAUUUUCUUCAAAUGGUAUCAACCUGACUCUAUUUUUGUCUUUAAAAUUGCAGGCCUAAUACUUCAUGCACAGUCAUGUACAACGGUACCGUGCACAGAGAUGAUGUAAAAUGCUAACACUGAUUUAAAUGACUGGGGAAACCUGUUUUGGUAGACUUUUACACCCACUUGGCACUCACUCUUUUUGAACAUAAAUGACUAUUCAAGGGGCAAGGCAGGAGGGAUUACACUUCUAAUAUCAAGUUAGUUUAAAUACAUUUUUCAGUGCUAGACUUCAGUUUUAUUCUGAAUAUUUGUCAGUUGAUGCACCCAAACAUAAACCAAGAAGAAGAAAGAAUGCACAGAUGUUAGAAAAAUUAGGUUAGAGUCCUGUCACCUGAAAAGAGGGCUUUGAAGACAGGCACUCUACUCAGAACAGCUUUUCAGGAAUCCAUAGAGUAUGAAUGCUGACCCAGUUCAUGGUUCUCAAAGCAAAGUCAAUGGUUUUCUAUGGAAGCAAAAAGCUGUAGCAAGCCUUUGCCCUUCUGCAUUGAUCAGGAAUGAACAGGUUGGGCCAAAUUUAUAUAAUAACGUCUGUAUUUUCCCCGAUGGAAGCUAAUCCUGGCAAGUUCCCUCCACCUCCACAUAAAAACUUCUUCCUGAAGAGGGUGCCAAGCAUUUAGUACCAUGCUAGACAUAUGUAGCACUGUGCUUUAUGCACAGCCACAUAUAACAUGCUGAACUAGCCCUGCUUCCCAAAAUACCAGCCACCCUUGCAUACAAGCCCACCCUUAGAAAGUUAAAGCUGCACUAUGUGGAAAACAAAAUCAUAAACUGCACUAUGCAUAAACUUGGCUGAGGUGGUGCUGGGAUGAGCUGACUCAGCACAUCCCAUAGCAGUAUUUGCUAGAGGGGAAUCCUGUAGAGCAUCAGCUGAAUAUUAAGCCUGUUCUCAAUUGAUGGAAACCUGAAGGGAUUGAUAUUACCAUCUGCUCUAAGCUUGAAUUAAUCCCUGCUGAGGAAUGGCAAGCCUAUGCAAAACAAGGAAAUGUAUCAAACCUACCUCGGUCCAGGUUAACCCACUACAUUUUGUUUUUCUUAUGAAUCCCAUGAUCUGAAAGAAAGCUCCUUAUCAUUUCUUUGCUCACAUCAGUCAUUGGGUUACAAAAAUGAGGUCCAUGCUUUGUUUUGAAAAGUCUGUAUUUAAACUUCAGAAAUUCAAAGAGAAAAUAAACACCUUCAAUAGAAACUUAUUUCCUGUAGCGCUAAAUCCACUAAUUGUUUAAUAAUGGGUCUCUUAAUACAUAUAUUGUCGCAAAAAUACCCUACUGUUCUUUGAACUAUUUGCCCAAUUGUUCCCUACCACCUUGGGGAACAAUUGCAAACCUUGCUAAUAGAUCUUUUUUUUUUUUUUUUUGGUAAUCCUUUCUUCUGCUUAUGAGACUAAUCCUCAACACACUAUGAACCCUGAAUGAGUACACUCCUGACCCUUUCUCCCCUGACAUACCAUGUCUCUCUGUAAACACUUGAAAUCCCUGAUUUGUCACUAACUCAUCCUACCGUAUCUUUGAAUUUUAUCAAACGCACUGCCCACAUGCCCAAAUCCCCCUGUGUAUGACUUUUGUCAUUUUAAUAACAUGUUUAGUCCUCUUUAUUCCUGCUGUGGAUAUGGCUAAAUGGCGUGGAAAUUACCCUGCAGAUGAAAUUCAAAUGACCCACCAGAGACUGCAUCUCUUUUUAAUGUGACUUUCUUUACCCUUGCUGCCCUUGCCUUUAAAUCCUUCAGGCUGGGUCUCCAUUUUCAUAGGCACUAAUUAUAUUCUCCCAACAGCCUGAUUCUUGAGAGGUCAUCACUUUUUUUUAAAAGGUUUUAUUAUUAUUAUAUUUCCUAUUACAAAAACUAAUUAAUUUCUUUCAAACCAGGAAUUCUAGGCCUUUGAGAAACAAUAAUAGCAAAUCAUCUUAUUGAUACACAGUAUGUUUAAUGCUUAUUCCUGUGGCACCAAUAAAAGGGAAAAAACAUCUUGUUUCAAUAAAUAGUAAAUGCAUACCAAGCUGCAUCUCCUUGCAAGUAUAUACUGUGCAUUAAUCCACAAUGGUGUCUUGCCUCAAAUACACAAAACAAUAUGGAUUUGACUGUAUGUAGUGUUAAAAACUGGCAGCUUGUGUGUGUCUGUCUAUCUUUAUUAUAUACACAUGUGCGUGUGCACACGCACACCACACACACAUAUACAUAUAUAUCUGUCUUGGCCUUCAAAUCUCAUUAAUGGGCAUGUGACUAAGUAUAUCAGUUAUCUGAACUAAUGAAGCAUACAAUAUUGAACAUAACUGAGGAUCAAUAAAAUCAGUCAGACUACCCAUUAUGCAGAAAAGACAGCGAUCUAUCAAUCAAUCUCCAUUCUCAUGAGACCCUUUUAGGAAUCUUCCCCAACAGUGGCUCCAACAGCAUUUUGCCAUCCUUUCAUCUGCCUUUUAAUUCUUUAACUUGAAUUCUGCCAUGAUACAGUCUCUGGGCUGCAAGUCUGAAUGCUUGUAUCUACCCAAAGCCCUUAUAAAGGAUCACAAAGUCUAUUCCCAGCCUUUGUACAGUAUAGUGAACAGAAUUCUCUUUAUUUGGGUAAUUUAUUUGCCAAUAACCAUGGCAACAUUUUAUCUAGUUUGGCUUUGACAAGCCCAUCCAAUUUACUCUGGAGCUUUGUAUUAUUAUUAUCUCACCUAUACCAAUCUAGUUAUCACUGAAUACAUUCCCCAGCCCUUCCUAUACUUAACAUUCAUGCUGAGAUCAGCAUGCCAAGGGUUAUUUUUUUUUUUUUAGCAAAGCAUACAGCCCCUUUUCUAGUUGAAUAACUAUUACCGCCCUAGUCUUUCCACCGCACCCCAUUGUACAAGCCUCUAGCAGUAGUAAGUACAUGGUGUGCUGAUGCUGAGAUAUAGAUAGAAGAGUUAUUAGCUUCCUUCUACUUAUCUCUUUUCCUAUUGCUCUUUUUUCCCCUCCCAUGGAAAAGAAUUAUUACAUUUGAAGUAACAGUAAAUAAGGGCAGAAUUUUAAAAAGGGCUUAGGCACAUACAGGUACAGUGAGGCAUUGAGUGGGAUUUUCAAAGGAUUCUGUGCCUCUAACUCUCUUGGAAAUCAAUGGAAGUCCUGUGCCUAAAUUCCUUUGAUGCUCUGGACCUAUGUGCUUUGAGUUAUUUUUGAAGGUAAUUCUUAUUAAGAACUAAAAAUUCAAUUACAUGAGAAGAACUAUAUGCUACUCAAAGAUCAUUUUACACUAGUUCCCAAUAAAUUGUAGAUACAACAUAGGUCUAGCAAGAAUAUGCAUUUGCAAGCAGUAUGCUGUUAUUAAGACCUGAUAGUGAUGCUGGCAUUGUAGAAGACAGAUAAAGACAAAGACAUCACCCAGAUAAAUUAUAAUAUAAAAUCAAACUCUCAUUGAUGGGUUUUACUCAUGAGUCAUUUACUGACCUUACUGAGCAUAUCAUAACGGCAUCAAUACAGUCAAUCUAGUAACAUCCAGGAUGUGAAUAAUCCUUUAUGGGAAUCAGAUAUGCCUCCAUGGGGAUACUAAAUUCCAGAUUAUUCAAUCUAAUUUUUAACCGAUCAGCCUCACAUUUAUUCAUUCUUUCAGCCUAUUAUUACAAAGUACAGGCCAUAGCAUUGAGCCAGGUGAGUCGUUAUCAUCCCAGAUAUCUGAAAAAGAGGUAGCAAAAGAGAGUUGUCUUGAUUUGUCUUGAAAUAGGCCAUUAUAUUUCCUGAAUCACAUUAAUCUACUGUAUCAGUAAAAUUCAACAAUGACUGCUGUGACUUCAACACCAUUGUAUGUGUCAUGUAUGCAAUAAAGUCUUGUUUUUCUUUUCA